UUUUGAAAGUCAAUUGUGACGCGUUACUUUCAAAUCGUACGCAAUAUAAACCUGCUCUAUCGGUUUUUCGAGUUUAUCUUUUCUUAAGAUAUAAUUUAUAAGUAAAAAAACUGGAAAAAAUCGAUAACUAUUUUCAGUUUUUAUCGUGGGAAACUUGCCACUGUAGCUUACAAGUUACUUGUUUUGAUGUUGAUCUUUGCUAUCUUUGCAUUGUCAUCGUAUAUUUAAUGGUGCUCUAACUUGUUUAAUUCAAGUAAAUUUCAAAAUUUUAUAUUUAAAGUGUAGAUCUUUUAUAAAAUUAAUUAUUUUGAAGCAGAAUUCAUAUAAAAUAAGUUUUUUGAUUUAUGAAAACUCUAUUUUUGUAUAAGCAGCUUAGAAGAUUUCCUUCUUGUUUUCGCCCAUUUUUGAGCAAUUAUCUUUCUAACAAAAGAAUAGUGGUAAAUUUUUUUCACUCAUCUAUUUAUCACAGUUGCAAAUCAACAUCCCUCAAGCCUACAAAAACAAAAAUGUCGUCUCAGUUUAUAUAUCCAAUAAAUACUCCAAUUGCCUUAUUGGAUUGUACAGAGUCUUUCAACUCUUUAUCUGAAAAGGAAAAGCUCUAUGCCCAUUAUUUAUCUAGAGCAAGUUGGUUUGGAGGUCUUAUUGAUUUACCCCAGACUUCUUUGGAGAGUCCAUUAAUUUUUGUGUUACUUCAUAAGUUGUUCUCUAUGCAACCUAUUCAAGCUUUGAAAGAAAUUGCUUUGAAAGAAUAUGAUUUUAAUGAAGAUGAGUUCAAGGCUUUUAUUAUUUAUUCUUGUGGACUAAUGUUCAGCAUGGGCAAUUUUAAGAGUAUGGGUAGUAAAUUUGUUCCAGAUUUACCCAAGGAGAAAUUUGAAAAAUUGGUGCUGGCUAGUAGCUUUGCCAAAAAUUAUCCAGAAAGAGUGACAUUUUUGUUAUCAAGCUGUUUCAAAAAGAUUUACUCUCUUGAUGAUUGUGACAUCCAAUUGAAUUUUCCAGAUAUAGGAACAACAACAUAUUUUUCCAAAAAUUUCUGUGAGGAAGAUAAGGAAAUUGUAAAGAAUUUUUAUGAAAAGCAUAAUUUGGAAGCUUAUAACACCCGAGUAUUUAAAACGGUCAAUGAUUCUGGGAAAAUCUGCUAUGAAAUACGAUUGGCAUCUGCUUUACAAACAGGUGAUUCAGAAGAAAAGUCCUUAUUAUUCUCAAAUGAUUGUGAUUCUCAUAUGUUUAUUAUCACUCGUGGCGAUUAUAGUGAGCUUCUUAAAAGAGUGAAUGAAUAUUUGAUGCAAGCCAAGAUGUACGCUGCCAAUGCUACUGAAGAACAAAUGAUAGAAAAGUAUAUCCAGAGUUUUCGAACAGGAUCUAUUGAUGCUCAUAAAGAGGGAUCAAUCCUUUGGGUUAAAGAUAAAGGACCCAUUGUUGAAAGUUACAUUGGAUUUAUUGAAACAUAUAGGGAUCCAGCUGGAAUGAGAGGAGAGUUUGAAGGAUUUGUGUCUGUUGUUAACAAGAAACAAAGUGAAAAAUUCUCAAAACUUGUGGAUGGAGCUCCGCAUUUUCUGUCUCUCCUGCCUUGGCCAAGCACAUAUGAAAAGGAUAAAUUUUUACUUCCUGACUUUACCUCACUGGAUAUCUUGACUUAUGCUAAUAGUGAUAUACCUGUUGGCAUUAACAUACCUAAUUAUGUUGAUAUUAAACAAUCUGUUGGCUUCAAAAAUGUAUCACUGGGAAAUGUUAUAAGUACAAGUGGUAAAGAACCUCCUAAUUACCUGAUUAAAUCUGAUCAAGAUUUAUUUGUGGAGCACUAUCCCUCUGCUUUAGAGCUUCAAGUUGGCUUGCAUGAACUUUUGGGUCAUGGAAGUGGCAAACUGUUUCAGAGAGAAAGUAAUGGAGACUUUAAUUUUGACAUUAAUAGUGUUCUUCAUCUGGAUACUAAUGAAAAGGUCAAAAGCUGGUACAACUUUGGAGAAUCAUACGAUUCAGUGUUCGGUUCUCUUAGCAAUCCAUAUGAAGAGUGUAAAGCUGAAUGUGUAGGCUUAUAUCUAUGCACUGUUCCUGAAAUAUUGGAAAUAUUUGUUCCUGAUCAGAGUUUAAGAGAAGAUAUCAUGUAUGUCAAUUGGGUUAUGGUUGUAAUUGCUGGAUUAGGUUCAUUAAUUAUGUAUGAACCUAAAACCGAAACUUGGCUUCAGGCCCACUCACAAGCUGCAUAUGUGAUUCUUCAAGUUCUUUUGGAAGCCGGUGGAGAUUUUGUAAAAGUCGAACAAAUAACAGCAUCUGAUGGCAAGCCAGACCUUUUGUUUACUUUAGAUCGUGGCAAAAUCAUGUCAGUAGGCAGACCUUGCAUUGGAAAUUUCUUGAAGAAACUUCAACUGUACAAAUCAACUGCUGAUGUCUCGACUGCCAAAGCUAUGUUUGAAAAAUACUCAGUUGUUACUUCUGAAGGCUCAAAUCCAUUUUUGAAGUACAGAGAAAUUGUUCUGGAAAGACGUAAACCAAGAAGAUUGUGUGUGCAAGCAAACACUGUUGUUGAAGAUGAAAAAGUAAAACUAAUAAACUAUGAAGCAUCACCAGAGGGAAUGAUUCAAUCAUGGUUGGAUAGAUUUAAGAAUGAAAAUGUAGAUGAUAUCCUUGUAGACAUCUGGCAAAAAGACAGACAUCAUUUUUCAUGACGUUAUUUAGAAAUAAAUUUCUAAUUUACAA